GAAAAACUGGGGAUCCCACGUGUCACCAACACAGAAGCACAGCCACACCGCAGCACGGCAAGAAGAGUGGCUUUUGCAAUGCCUUACUACAAUCGCGGUGAGCUGGAAGACGAUUUGGAAAGGCACCUUAGCCUCGUGAAGCAAAGAGAACAGAGGAAGGAAGACCCAACUCCACCAGCAACUGCAUGCAUAACUCCCUCUGCACCUCUGCCUGUCUCGUGUGUGUCUCCAUUGUGCAGCGUACGUGUCCCCCGAGUCAACUCCCUCCACGCCAAGGCGGCCUCGUCUACCCACACCCGAGCGGAGGGCGGCGCUCAUUCAGCGAUACCUCGAGCUGCGCGAAGUAGCCGACGAGGACGUCGACAGAGACGAGGUCAUCGCGCUCGCGCAGCAGCUUCAGGACAUCGCAGUGGCAGAGGCGGCAGCCCGAUUCGAGGCAGAGCUAGAGAACAUCCCGCCGAUCAGGCUGCCGCCCCCACGAACCCCAGAGGAUGUUCCUGAAGUCCCCCGCGCCGCUCCGCCCGUCCCCGCCAGCCCGCCUCCCAUCCCCUCCCCUCCGCCCAGCCCUCGAUAUAUGCCACCAAUGCCGGCCACACCUCCCCCUUCCCCGCCACCUCCCCCGCCCCCUCCCCCAUCAAGGCCACUGGCUGCAAGAGUGCCUCGUGCGGCCUCCUGCAUUUCGAGAAGACAGCAGCAGCACAGAGACGAGGCGGUGGCCAGGCGAAGAGACCGCGAGAGGAAGGAAAAGGAGGGCGUUGUGCGAUUCCGUCUCUGAGCCGUCACGGGGGGAUGAGUUGUUGUUGCACGGGGUGGCUGCUCAGGGACGGAUAGACGUGGGACGGCACGUCAUCAGCAAAGGAGUCUUUCAGCUGGCUGUACGAGAACCAGGAGAAAGGACUGAAGUGGACGGCGAUGGAAUGGAGCGGAAAACUUCUGAUAAGAGGCGCAGGUGAAGCAGGAGAAGGCCGAAGAGUGAAGGGGCGACUCAAGCAUGACCAUCAAGAAGAGCCAUCAAGAAGAGCCUUUUCACGACAUUGCAAUCGAAAAGUUGAUACACACCACAUCGGCCUUCCUCGACCGCCCCUCAG